GCUGACCAAGUUAGCCAAUGGGUGCGUUCACGGAGAUCAUUCUUAGAAGAUCAUUGGCUAAAUUGGUCAGAUUCUGGACGAAUGAACUCCGUUAACGCAUCCAUUGCUGAGACGCAGGGUCCUUCUGUCCCACGUGGCGAGACUGACGAUUAAAGCUUUGCAGAGUGUGUUGUUGUCACAUAAACACAAUGAGUGAGUAUCCACCAGAGGUACAGGCUUUCCUACAGGAAUACCCAUGCCUGCAGCCCAUAGCGGGGAAUAAGGUCAGGUGUAUUCUGAGCGGCCAUGAGAUUCCCUGUCGCCUGUCUGAACUCCGUGCUUACGUUGGUGGGAAGAAAUAUAAGCGUCUGUCUGUUGGUGGGUCCAACUUCAAUUACAGCCAAUACGAACCACAUGUGGUCGCCAGCACCAAAGAACCAAAUCGUCUGUUCUGCAAACUGACCCUGCGGCAUAUCAAUCGCAUUCCCCAGCAUGUUCUGCUCCAUGUCUCUGGGAAAAGGUAUCAGCGGGCACUGAAGACCUAUGAGGAGUGUGUCCGUCAGGGGGUGCCGUUUGUCCCGGUCUGCCUCAAGCAGAAGACUCGGAAACACGUGAGUGAGCCAGAGGGAGGCGGGAAGCUGUGGGAGCCGAAUUCCAGCGAGGAAGAUGGUGACGAGUCGGAGGAUAGCAUGAGUGACCUCUACCCUGUGGAGAUGUUUCCUCAGGAUAACGAGAUGGAGGUGGAGAGAGAUGAGUUUGAGACGCACAGCGAGAGUGAGGCAGAGGCCUCCCCAGGCAUGCAAGGGGACAACAUUAAGAUGGAGGUCAAUGGGCAGACGCACUGUAAGCGGAAGAAGAAGCAGUCCAAUUCCCUUCAGAAGAAGUUUAAGAGUCACCACUGGAAAGGAAAAGGCUUCAAGAAAGCUGAAAAAAUGAAAACUUAAAAUAAGAAAAUGAAUCCAACAUUUGUGUGUGUGGUGUUACCCGUCCUUCGUGGUGGUUCACUUUCACCUACACGUGUAAGCUGUGAAAUAGCCACAUAUGUAUGAUAUUUAUUAACAAAAAAUAAAUGAUGUCCCUGCA